AUGAAUUUUCUUCGUCAUUUUGAAGGCGCCAAGCCCGGUGUUAAGCGAAAGGUAGUAAGUGAUCCCAACACUAAGAAAAAUGAGUAUGAAAAAAAGAGAAAAAGAACUUUCCAGCACUCAUGGCUCAAAGAAUUUCCGUGGCUGACAUAUGACGAAGCUGUCGGUAAAAUGUAUUGCACUAAUUGUAAAUUGAAAUCAAACAAUGAUAAUUCGCCAUUUGUGAAGGGAAAUGAAAAUUUUAAAAUUGAUGUCAUAAAGACCCAUGCAAGUUCACGACUCCAUCUGAAAAAUGCAAACGUAAUUUCUGCAGAAAAAAACCCUGUAUGCCAAAGUCAGGCUGCUGAAUGUUUAACAAAGCUGAAAAAGGCAGAAUAUGACAAGCUUGUUGUGAAAUUUAGAACUGUUCACUGUUUAGCCAAGUGUCACCUUAGUUUUAAUCUGUACAAAACAAUAUGCAGGCUUGACCAAUCCAAGGGCCUAGAUGUUGGCAAAAGUUAUUUGAAUGACAAAUCAGCAGCUAGUUUCAUGUCAGCAAUUGCACAAGUGGUAAGACAAGAUGUUGUGAAAGUUUUGGAUCAAUCAAAGUAUUUCAGUUUUACAAUUGAUGGUGCUACAGACUUUAUGGGUGACGAUAUUGAAAACAUUUAUAUACGAACAUGUACACUUGGUAAUAUCAAAGACACCUUCUUACAUAUUGGACCUUCAGAAUCUGCAUGCAGUCAAGAUAUUCACAACCACGUCAAGGGAGUUUUUGAGAAGCUAGGUGUCAGCAAUGCCCUUAAAGAUAAAUUAGUUGGAUUUACUGCGGACGGAGCAUCAAAUAUGCAAGGGAAGAAAUCUGGAUUAGCAACACUUCUGAAAACAAAUUGCCCCCACUUGGUAGUCACACAUUGUUUGGCGCAUAGAUUAGAGCUUGCCUUCAAAGACAAAGGUGCAAAAAAGAGUCCAAAGUCAAAAAAGUCACUUUUUCGAACAUUUAAUUCACUUGAGAUGAAACCUAUCAUGCCUACAAGGAUUGGUGGGACAAGAUGGCUUCCACAUGUUGAACGAGCCAUAAAAGUUUUCAUGAAAGGGUACAAAGCAUUCUGCUUCCACUUACAAAACUCCUCACACGAGAAUGCCAAGGCAGAAGGAUUAGCGAAAUUGGCUUGUGAUGGACAUGUGCUUGUCUUUAUGCUUAAACUAAAGGAUGUGGUUGGUGUCCUACAGAAGCUUUCACUUGUGCUACAAAAAAGGAAUCUCAGUCUCGCUGAUGCUUACACACAUGUUUAUGCCACACUGGACCUCCUUAGAGCACGCAAAACAAGAGAGGAUACUGAAGUGCUUAAUGUUCUCCAAACAGAAGAGUUCCAAACUCUGCAUUUAUCAUUUAAAGGCUCCAAACCAAAGGCAACAAAUGAAAAUCUAAUCAAUAGUCUCAUUGACUGUCUUGUAACCAGGUUUCCAGCUGACAGUUCCCAAGUGUUUCAAGCUAGCUUGAUAAGCAGUUUUAAUAACUGGCCUGCUGAAGGUUCAGAUGAUAUUACAGAUUAUGGUACAAGUGAAGUAAAGCAACUUCAUUCACAGUUUGGUGCUAUCCUGCCCCAGUCUGGUGAAGCUCAACUUGACAUUUUGUUGGAAGAAUGGUCUCUUCUUAAGCAUUUAUUGUACAGAAAAGUUGGACAGAAGCUUGUUAAUGGAAAACUUCAGUGGGAAGAUGUAUUCAGAAUGUUGAAAGACCAUGACCUUCACAUUGUUCCAGAUCUCAUAGAUCUUUUAAGGGCGUUACCGCCAACUUCUGUAAAGAAUGAGACCACCUUUAGUGCAAUGAAGCUCUUAAAAACUAAAAGGAGGGGUAGGAUGAGCACUAGGACACUAAAUGAAUUGAUGCUUGCCCACCUGGAGUCCCCUUCCAUAGAGGAUUUUAACCCUGACCAGGCAAUAAAACAGUGGAUGGUAACCCCAUCUGGUAGACCAAGACAUUUAGGGUAUGAAAGGUCAUCUACAGUCCAAGUUCAGGCUAAUGAAACUGACUGUAACAGUAACAAAGAAAAUACAGGAUCAGCCACAACAAAUAUUGAGGUGGUUAGUUGUAGUCAGCCUAAUGUGGAAAUGGAAUUAUCAAAGUGCGAUGAUUCUGAUUGUGAUUCUACUGAAGUGAUUCUGAUUGUGAUUCUGCCUUCAGUGAUGAUGGUUUAG